AACGAACCGUUUGCUGUGGUAGUCGCAACGGUUUGCCCAACGCAGCAGCAGUAGAAGAUUUAAUACGCAUUAGGUUUUUACACAAAAACCGUAUGCGUACAAGUUAUUGUGUUUGUUUGUACUAAAAGAAAGCGUCAAUAUUAAACAAAUCAACUAGCAUUUUGCUUAUACAAAGCCAUUAAAAUUAACUGUAUAUGCUGGCAUAUAGCAAAACAAGCAACCAGUGCGAAACCGACCGCUGUAGCAGCUAAAAAGUAAAACGCAUAUUCUCACGCAUACAUUAACACAAGACAAAUACAUACAUAUUUACUAUACAGACGUGCAAUACGAGGGCCCAGUGGCAAAAGUUUAAUUUAAUCUACAUAAAUUUAUUUGCGCACACACACAUAAUAACAACAAAACGAGUUAUCGUUAGAAGACAUUUUAGCACAAGAAACAAUACAAUUUGAUACCUAAAUAAAAGAAAACAACAACAGAUCUAACUUGAUUUGGUGCCGUAGUGUACCAUAAUAACAAAAACACAUACACAAACAAACAACAACAAAAAUGUCUACGACACCAAAAUCGACAGAAGAUUUGCUGGGUGAAUCUUGGAUCGAACUGAGCACAACAGCAGCCAUGGCUGGUAUAAAGAGCCCCGACAGAAUCACACCCCUCCCCUUCAAUAAUGGCGAGGAGUAUUUGCGUUUGUUGCGCGAGGCCCAACGCGAAUCGAAUCAAUCCAGCCGCGUUGUCUCGCUGGCUAGUUCUAGACGCGACACACCGCGCGACAGCCCGAAGAGCCCACCAAACAGCCCACAGUCCGAGCUGUGCCCGGAUGAUGAGCUGCGAAAUGUGUAUAUCAAUUAUUGGACAAAGACUGGCGAUAAGCAGAAAACAGACAACGGCGACUGGCUGCAAAAUUGGAAUCGUGGCCUUGAGGAGCAGCCACCAAAAGAUUGGAAAAUGGAACGCUCAACCGAUGGUGAGGAGAAAAAGAAGACAACGGGUUAUUCCAUACGUUUAAAGCGUUUGGGCGCCAACUCGCUCUUCUCCCGCGAAAUUCUCUACUCGCUUUUAUUCACGAACGUGUUGUCGUUGCUGUUGGGCGCGGGCUUUGGUUUGUGGCUGAGCAAGCGUGGCAUUUUGCUAACUCGCGUUGUCAUUGACUGAAGAGCGUCAUAAAAACGUUCGUUUUAUAAAACUACAAUAUGCAACUACAACAUCUUCAAUUUUCAACAAAAACCGAAAAAAAAAAACAAAAAUAUAUAUGUGAAAAACGUUCCGUAUGCUGACGAUAGUUAUACACAGCAGCAGAAAGAAUGUCAACCAACAAUAACCAGCCAAACGUAUUCCAGCUCAUUCAUUCAUAUACAAUAAUUUUAAAGAACUAAACUCACAUUUACUUACAUGUCUAGAAAACAUAAAAACAUAUUUUAUAUUUAUAAGCUACCGAUGCGCGGGUAUGGCAGUUUUCUAUUUCUAUUUUUACAACAAUUUUAUAGUGCGUAAUGAAUAUGUAACCGCAAGCGAAUGCGCAUCUUACAAAUACAGACAUACACAUAUGUAAAAAAAAAUGUAUUUAAACGGAACGAGGAUACCAUAUAAUUGAAUUAAUGUAUGUAAGCCGUGAUCCGAUUCAGCAUUCAUAUGUUCAACUAUAGGCCAAAAUCCGUUCAAAACAUGUUUUUUAUUCAUUUUAUCUUCAUUCAUUUCUUACAUAUACAUUUAAUAGACAUAUUGUAGUUGAAACGUCAUACAAACAUACAGACACAUACAUAUAUCAAACAAUCAUCUACUUUUUUGUAUUGUAGUAAGUGAGACCAUAUAGAAUGGCAGCAUAAACACGCAGACACACACAACACGUGAUUUGAGAGGGUUUCUCUAUGCCCGGCUACAACAUCAUAGUUGUAACACUUUUAUAUAACAUACAACAAUAUUUUUCACAAUGUAUUUAAAAAUAUAAAAAUAAUAGCAACAACAA